UACGAGCCUAAGGCCUGAGCGGCAGUGUUGUGUUGUCGUCGUGAGGUGGCAGCCAGGCAGCACCGCGCCAGUCUGUGACCUGAGGGAGCCGCGCCGGGAGGAAACUGUUCGGAUAUAUAAAGUGACGAACCUGCUGGUUCUUGGCGUCAUCUGAAUGGCGGCGACCCGCAGAAAGACACGCGACAGCGAGGCGGCCCAUCAGCCGCUGCUCCCCGAGAGUAUGGGCCAUCCAUCUUCCUGUUACCCACAAAGGGGGGAGACAACAGAACGCAGGAGAGGACGCCCAACGCAUUGCUACCACAUGUACUGCUCAAAAUCACCUUCACUGUAUCUCCACAAGAGCUCUGCAUGUCACAAAACACAUGAGAAAUUAAUCCAGACCAGGAAGGGGUUUCACUGGCACUGGUGAUUGAACCCGUGACCAGUGAAAUGGGAAAGCCACGACUUAACCAGUCGGCAAAAGAGGUAUCCCACUCGCAGAGUGAGUAAUGGAACUCUAACCCAUCAGAAAUGGAUGAGGAGAGGAGCAGAGGAGGGCUGUCCAAGGAUCGUAGCAGCAUUCUACUGUUGCUUCUACUCUAUGUGCUGCAGGGUAUUCCUUUGGGACUAGCUGGUAGCAUCCCCAUGAUCCUACAGAACCGGCAUGUAUCCUACAAAGAACAGGCUACCUUUAGUCUGUCUUUCUGGCCAUUCAGCAUCAAGCUGCUUUGGGCACCACUAGUGGACUCGCUCUUCCUUGAACAGAUGGGGCGCCGCAAAUCCUGGCUUGUGCCUUCCCAGUACCUCAUAGGUGGAUUCAUGCUAUUGCUGUCUUCAUACAUCAAUGACCUGCUGGGGGAAGACACAGCUCAUGCUCCCAAUGUUACCCUCAUCACCUGUGUCUUCUUUGCCCUCAAUUUCCUUGCAGCUACUCAGGACAUUGCUGUUGAUGGAUGGGCUCUCACCAUGCUAUCCAGACAGAAUGUUGGUUGGGCCUCAACAUGCAAUUCUGUGGGCCAGACUGCAGGUUACUUCCUGGGUUAUGUGGUCUUCCUGGCUCUUGAGUCAGAAGACUUCUGUGUCAACUACCUGGGCUCGUCAGGCUCAUUAGUCACACUUUCAGGAUUUCUUUACUUUUGGGGUAUUGUGUUUGUCCUCACUACCACUGUUGUCUGGCUACUUAAACAUGAGGAACCUGCUCCAAAGGAGGAGCAAAGUGAAGGACUGGUGGGAACUUACAGCGUGUUGGUCCGUAUCCUAAAGAUGGACACCAUGAAGCAACUAAUCAUGCUUCUUCUCACAUGUAAGAUUGGGUUUGCUGCUGCUGAUUCCCUAACAGGCCUCAAAUUGACGGAAAUUGGUGUGCCAAAGGAUCGCCUGGCAUUGCUUUCUAUACCUCUCAUCCCUGUGCAGAUCCUUCUUCCCCUCUACAUCUCCCGAUAUACUGCGGGUCCACGUCCCCUCACCCCUUUUAUAACAGUGUACCCUCUCAGGCUUGUGUUUGGCCUAGUCUUUGCCGGCAUUGUGUGGGCGACACCCCUUUUCAAGCUCUCUGAUGGAUCUUUCCCUCUCAUUUACUAUGGACUCAUUGUUGUUACUUACCUCAUCCACCAGGUAUUUCUCAACUGCAUGUUUGUGGGAGUGAUGGCAUUUUUUGCAAGAAUCAGUGACGUUAGUGUGGGAGGCACUUACAUGACUCUGCUCAAUACCUUUACUAACUUGGGGGGCAAUUGGCCCUCCUGGAUGGCCCUGCGCUAUGUCUCAGAGCUUACUUGGACCAACUGUCUUGGGGCUGCCAACCCUACUCUAUCCACCUGCACCACUGAUCAGGAGAAACAACUGUGUGAAGAAGGUGGAGGCAGCUGCACGGUGUGGGUAGAUGGAUACUAUGUGGAGAGUGUUGUGUUGGUAAUAAUAGGGUUCCUCUGGAUGCGUUGGGGCUUUCAAACCAUACGAAAGCUCCAAGAUCUCCCAGUCUCGGCUUGGGCAGUGUCACAGCACAGAAAAUGAGUGUACCAGUCAACAUAUGAGUACAGCUUGUUUAUGAUGUUGCACAGUGCACAAAAUAGGAGUGCUUUACUAGUAAGCGGCUCAGAGUCCAUAGUAAAGGUAAGGAUGAGUUUUGGUUGCUGGCAGAUCACUGAAGUUGUUAUGUUGUUUAUUUUGGAUUCAGAUUUUUUUUUUUUUUUUUUUAUAUAAUAUAUGAAUAUAGAGUAAUAUAUUCAAUGAACUUUUAUACUACAGUUAUGUGGAACAUGAAUAUUUAUAUGUGAGUGUAGUGAUGAAUGUUUAUUUAUCAUUUCUCAAUCACAGUUUUUGAAGUGAAUAUAAAGAUAUAUAUAGUGAUGCAGAUGACACUGGCUACCUCAGAAUGAAAUUCUGCAUUAUAUGCCUGAAAUAUGUGGUGAAUGAAACUUUUUGCAAAGAUUUUUAUGUGUGUGUGUGUGCAUUUAAUUGCAAUGAAGAGUGAUGUUAAGAGUUUGUUAGAGUAAGAGGUAAGUGAAAGAAGAGUGUGAUAGGUUGUGGAGAAAUGUCAAAACUACCACUGAGGUAAUAAGACAAUGUAAAUGAAACAGACAGUGAAUAUCAUAACAAAUAAAAAUAUAACAAGGAACACAGUGUCAUGAACUCAAGGUGUCAGAUUCAUGCCACAUGUGGAAAAGGUUGUGUGAUCAAUUCUGAAAGAUCUCUCAUGCUCUUUUUCUCAAUAUACAUUCCAACAUUUUUAUUUUGCUAAAUAUCAUUUUAUACACGGGAGAAAGCACAAUGCAAAUACUGAAAGCUUUUGCUUGGUAAAGGUAUUUUAGCUGCUCUUUUUUUAACUUGUGUAAAAUGUGUAAAAUUUAUAUUUAAUCUAAUAUUUCUAAGCAUUUUAUACACAAAAAUAUGCUUUGUAUUGAGCUGAUGAUGGUGAUCAGAUAAACAAGUACAAGUUACUAGAGAGUUUCAAUAUUAUGGGGCGAAGCUAUGGUAGUUUCUCAAGUGAAGUGAAGUACAGUUUUGGCAAAAUUUGUUACAUUUUCAUAAUUCUUGGUGGUUCCCUUUAGACAGUUGACAAUGACCUCUUGCACCGUUACACUAGAAUCAUUUUCCUUCCUCCCUCUUUCCAUUUUUUUGACUUAGACCCUGUGCCUGUGGACUCCCUUACAUGAGGAUAUGGUGGAUAAUUCAAACUUGUGCUAUCACAAAAGGGUUUUUAAAGGGACACCAUGGUACAUGUUGCCCCUUAUGAUCCACUUGUCCAGUGUCACAAGUGAUGGUAGUGUUUAACAAAUGGCAUGUAGGUGAUUGUGGGCCACUUGAAAAUAGCCUCUGUUUUAUAACAUAAAACUAUAUUCAAAAUUCUCGAGUCAGUCACCUGCAGUCAGUGUGAAGGCUGUAAAGUUUAGAUUUGAUGGGAGAUACAGGAAAAUAGAUAGUUUGAAAAAAAAAUUGCUCAAAAUGGGUUUAAUUCCCAAAGUCAUGUCUUUCCAAUGAAAAUAUAAUUAGGCUUCCAUAAUCUAUCAAUGUAUGGAGCUUUAAUUUAUUUUAAAUGAUAAUGACUCCUAAGUAUACAUAUUCUUACAAAAAAAAAUGGAUUAACAAAAGUAUUAUUUGAUCUGAGCAAUUGGUGCAUUUUCUUCACCACAUCACUUGCUUCUGAAGUGUUUUUCAUUAAUACAGCUGGGAAAAGGCAAUUUAUGUGUUGUAGACUUAGAAGAGAUAUUGUAUUUGCAUUGAGAGGAAACAAGUUGACUCUAAUGUUUUCUUAUUUCAUAUUUUUUUACUUCAUACUUUGUCUUGAAAGAAUAAAUGUCAACACAUUUCACCUGUAUUUUUUCAGAAUCAUUCUAAGGAUGUAAUACAAGUUGUUUCUCUAAGUACAUAUUUAUGUUUAAGGGAUUCAUCCAGUGUGUGUGUGUGUGUGUGUGUGUGUGUACCUAGUUGUGAUGCUGAAAAGUGUGAUCUUCAUGUCAAAAUUUAGCUUUCAACUCAUUUGAGACUUUGGAUUGAAAAACCUUUAUGUCUAGUUUAUUUCACUGUUCAGUUCAUCUAUUAGGAAAAUUGUAGCCUAUGUUUUGAUAUUUUCAAUUUCAUUUCAUGUACCCUAGUUGCCCCCCCCCCCCCCCUCCCCACACACACAUACACCUUCUAUACAAACAGCUUCUCUAUCAAUAAUUGUGCCCGCUCUUCAUUGCCCUGAACGCUGCAAUAUGUAACUUUUUUCAUUUAAAAUGGUAGUAGCCUCAACCGUUCAUUGUACACUAGAUAUGACAGGCUGAAAAUCAUCUGAUGCUGCCUAUUACAGUUUUUAUACUCGUAGCAGUAGCUCAGGGAUGGAAUAUUCGUAUUCGAAUACAUUCGAAUACCGUGUUGGGUGUAUUCGUUUUCGUAUUCGAAUAAAUAUUGAUAGAAAUCAAAGUAUUUAAAUUCAUGUUCGAAUACAAGGGGAAAGUAUUCGUAUUCUGCGAAUAAUCAGACAAAUACUUAAAAUAAGCCAUGGUUCCAAUUACACAGCCUCCUGGGCGGACGUGUAAUUGUUGUGUAUACUGUUUAGUGCAGAUUCGCGGACCGUUGCUGCGAGACGUCUGCGUCUUGAGUAACUCAGUUGCCUCUUGCCAGUGUGGACGCUGAAUGUAUGUUCAUGAGCUCAUUGUCGUUGCAUAACUUCAGAACAGUUCAUCAUCCAGUUACGUCGAAAAGGUACUUUUCAAUAAGAAGUAUUCAUGAAUACUUUCAAGAAGUAUUAAUUCGUAUGUGUAUUCGAAUUAAAACCAUUUCAGUGUAUUCGAAUUCGUAUUCGUUGGAAUUUGAUGUAUUCGUAGGUGAGAGCGGUGAUGAUUCGACCACUUUUUUAAAUACAUUUUUAGAAUGAAAGAGGUAGUGUAAUUUUGCUAAUCUCAAAAUGUUCCUUCAUCCUUUGGCUCUUUAUGUUGUUGAUAUGACCCCCGCAGCCAUUUCCAGUUUUCAGAGGAAGUGAUGAAACACUAGUUUGUAAAUCGUCCGAACCAUCCCCACCCGUGCGUGGUGAUGGUACGGCCACGUAGUACUCGGCACAAUAUUAAUAUAACUUGUUUGAUUGGCUAAUAAACAAGAAUAAUUCAAUAAAUUAAUAAAAAUCAUGAAAAAAUCAACUGUCCGAAUCAUUACUUAAAAAAAAAAAAAUGGUGGUCACACUCCACUUGCAGCACGAGACCUCUGGGUGUUUUACGGCAGUAUACCUUCGCCGUGCAUCGCUGCGUCACCGAAAUAAUGUACAUUUCGCUACAUGCCAUAGACUUGAAGUGAGAGCUUACGAUGCACCCCGAAAAUAAUACAUACGAGAUGCAUAAAAAAAAAUAAAUAAAUAAAUAAAUCGGACUUGCAUCGAAAAUAACAGCUCUCAGGGUGUGAUUGUCUCGUGUGGGCCAAGGCAACAAAGUUUUGUACAUUCACAUUAAAUCUCUCGUGGCCCUCGGUCCCA